UUUCAGUUAUUUGUGAAGUUCUCAUAUUAUAAUGUUUUUCUUUUUAUGCUUCAUAUUUUAAGUGUAUGUGAUUGGAUCAAUUGUUUUAUUGCCUUUUCAUGAACUAAAUUUGAGAUAUGGCUUUACAGGUCAUUAUGGGAACCAAAUUGAGAGCUGUUGUGGUAUCUUUGUUCCUAUCAUCCCUGCUUUUUCCUCUGGUCUUUUCUGCAUCUAACGAUGGCUUGGUUAGAAUUGGACUAAAGAAGAUGAAAUUUGAUCAAAACAAUCGGCUUGCUGCACGGCUCGAGUCCAAGGAAGGAGCGGCACUGAAAGCGUCAAUUAAGAAGUAUAAUCUUCGUGGUAAUCUAGGAGAAACUGAGGAAGGAGACAUUGUAGUGCUAAAGAAUUACAUGGAUGCUCAGUACUUUGGUGAGAUUGGAAUUGGUACACCCCCACAAAAGUUCACUGUGAUCUUUGACACCGGCAGCUCUAAUUUGUGGGUGCCAUCAUCGAAGUGUUAUUUUUCG